GUCGACAAUCUUCUCUUCACACCAUUGCUUAUUAUUAUUACCAUUAUUUUUCACCAUGCAAGCGCUCCUGUAUUUAUUACUCUCAUUUCUUUCACGCCCUUUCAGCUUCAACACCUGAUGUAACUUCUCCUUUUUCCUUCUUCUUUCGGGGCCCUUUCACAUUCAUGGACUGUUUUUGCUUCACAGAAAGCGCUUUUCUUCUUUCCGGGUUGUUUUUUGUGGCCUUUUUGGCUGGUUUUCAGGUGGGUAAUUGUGAUGAAGCUGUCAGGUUUAUCAGUUGGGAUGAUAUGAGAGUUGAUGUUCAAAGAGAAGGGCUGACAAUGGAAGAGAAUUCUAAUCACAGUAGAGUGAUUGUGGUGGACAAAAAUGGUGGAGGACAUUCUGUAACAGUUCAAGGUGCAAUAGAUAUGGUCCCUGAGAACAAUUUAGAAAGAGUCAAAAUCUGCAUUCUUCCAGGGAUUUACAGGGAAAAAAUUAUAGUGCCACAAUCUAAACCUUUUAUCUCCCUCAUUGGGAAUGACAGUGAAGUCUCUGAAACUGUAAUUACUUGGGGAGAUAAAGCAUCAGAUAGGGACAGUAAUGGCAACGAAUUAGGCACUUAUAACUCAGCUUCAGUGACCAUUUUGUCUGAUUAUUUUUGUGCCACUGGGGUUACAUUUGAGAAUUCAGUAGUUGCAACUCCAGGAGAAAAAGGGAUGCAAGCUGUAGCAUUGAGAAUUGGUGGUGAUAAAGCAAUGUUUUAUAAAGUUAGAAUCCUGGGGACUCAGGACACUCUCUUGGAUGACACCGGAUCACAUUACUUUUACCAAUGUCACAUUCAAGGCACUGUAGAUUUCAUUUUUGGCAGGGCAAGAUCUCUCUAUCAGAAUUCUAUGAUUCAUUCUGUUGCUAAAAAUUCCGGGGCCAUUGCAGCCCACCACAGGGAUUCACCAAAUGAAAACACAGGCUUCUCUUUUGUCAACUGUGUCAUCAAUGGAACAGGAAAAAUCUACCUGGGAAGAGCUUGGGGAAGGUAUUCCAGAAUAGUGUAUUCAUAUUCAUCCCUGGAAGAUAUUAUAGUUCCUUCAGGAUGGACUGAUUGGAAUUUUCCUGACAGGCAAAAGACUGCUGUAUUUAGUGAAUACCAAUGCUGGGGAAAAGGUGCUGAUACAAGCCAGAGGGUAACAUGGCUGAAAUCUUUCAGCUUUGAGGAAGUACAGCCUUAUCUGAACAUGACAUUCAUUGAUGGAAAUCAAUGGCUAAGACUAUAAAGUCGUCUUCUUCUUCUUCCUCAUCAAGCCCCAGAAAAUUGUUAUUCUUUUAACCAUCUCAAUUCUUUGUCAUCCUUAGAAAUUAAAAGAUAAAAAUAGGAAUAGAAAGUUUGGAUAGUUCUUGAUGUCAAUAGUCGAUAUGUUACU